AUGUCGAGUUAUGUUGAAGAGUAUUCGCGGAAUUGUGGCGGUUUCAUUGCACCUUGGGCCGCUGUAGUACCGCCAAAGCCAAAUACGCUUCCCUCACGCCAGCCUUCAAAACUUCAGGUCCGAAUGCUCUAUAGAGAGCUAGAACCUGAAGAAGGGAUAAAAACUAGAACCCUUGCGCGGUGGAAAGCCGGUGUGAGCCCAGCUAUUCUGAUUUUUCAACACUGGGCAGUUGAGAUCGGAUCCGAUGAGUAUGGCUGGUAUCGGUAUGAACUGCAGUAUUUCAAACGCGGGUCAGAACUCCGGGUGACCCGGGUGGCAGACGAGGAGAGUAUGGAGAGACUGCGAUAUAAAAAGGUGCCUUUGGCAGUCAAGAAGAUUUUCAAGGGAAGCACUGAGAUGAGCUUCGGACAGAUCGAAUCAAUUGGUCAAAGAAUCAUCAACCGGCGAAAGCGUUAUAUACUCGGAGUGUCGGACUGCCAUAACUUUGCCAUUGACCUCAUUGCUGCCAUCGUUUGCUCCCCAAAACCCAUCCUCACCGGGGUCAAGGUUGGUGCCGCAGCCAUUCGUUAUGUAGCAAAGCCAAUCUUUCUAGCCAUCACCAAGGUUUUAGAGUGGGCUGGAGUAAUCACGGAGCCGCUGCAAAAGGCCCUUGGUUGGCUGUACCCCCGGUAUCCUUUAAGGGAUGAGAAGACGGAUAUCGAUGUUGAACUUGACCGAGAGUUUCUGGCAAAGCUAGAUUUGGAGGACGAGGUGGAAUUUAGAGGUGGAGGGUAG